AUGGCAGAACAAGUUGUUAAGGGCAAGACCAGUUUGGAACAGCCGGCAGCAGUCGAUGUUCCGAAUAACCUGGCAACCUUUGAGAAUUCGAAUGCCAGCGACAGCGAGAAAGAUCCUGGUGCCCCCAGCUCGGCCAACAAGCCUAAACCGCGAUCGCUGUGGGUAGCUUGGCUUUAUCUCUUCGACUGGUAUCCAAGUCACUAUUCAAAGCAGGAGAGAAAGCUGCUCUUCAAGUUAGACUGUGUUCUUCUGCCGCUUUGCUGUCUUGCGUACUUUAUCAAAUGGCUUGACCAGGUGAAUAUCAACAAUGCCUAUUCUUCAGGCAUGAAAGAGGACCUGAAUCUCUACGGUAACGAGUACUCGCUCUUCGGGACCUUCUACAACAUCGGCUACAUGAUAUUCGAAAUCCCGUCCAUGAUGGUCAUGUCGCGGCCCAAAUUCGCUCGCUUCUUCCUGCCCACAAUGGAAGUCUGCUGGUCAAUUAUAACCUUUGCCCAAUGUCGUUUGCGGAAUUACCAGGACAUCUACGGCCUGCGCUUUCUGCUAGGCGUCCUGGAGACACCCGUAUCGUCAGGGACCAUGUAUAUCUUCUCGUCAUGGUAUCGCGGCGACGAGCUGUUCAAGCGAGCUGGUGUGUGGUUCGUCUCUAGCAAUAUCGGCUCGUUCAUGGGUGGCUAUCUGCAAGCCGCAGCUCAUGAAACCCUCGAUGGCGUCCACGGUAUGGCCGGGUGGAGGUGGCUGUUCAUCAUCGAUGGAUGCAUUAGCUUGCCCAUUGCGCUGGGCAGUUUCUUCUUCUUCCCUGGACUGCCGUCUGGGCCAAAGGUGUGGUGGCUAACUGAGGCCGAUCACAAGCUGUGUGUCUCGAGGAUGCGCAAUGAGGGUGUCCGUGACAGCAGGAAGAUUGGCAAGCGUAUGCUCAAGCGUGUUUUUACGCAUUGGCAUUUCUACGUUGCUGUGUUUACUUACAUCUUCUUCCAAUGUACCUCCUACGUCGCCGGGCAGAUGAUCCUGUGGCUAAAAGAUCAGGCUGAUACCCAUGGAACAUGGACAGUCUCUCAGAUUAACAUGAUUCCGACUGGAGUACAGGCCGUCUCCGUCUUUGCAGGUAUCUUAGCGACAUCUCUUGUGAUGGUGUACCCAUUUUGGGCCAUCAUGUCCGCCGUCGCCGCUGUUUUACUAUUUGGAAAUGUCUGCCUUCUUGUCUGGGAUAUUCCGACCGGCCUUAAAUUCACUGCGUAUUAUCUGCUCGGAUUCACGUCCUGCGUCACCCCGAUCCUCUUCCCGUGGGUGAACAUGGUCAUGAGAGAUGAUUCUGAAGCGAGGGCCUUUACGUCUGGUGCAAUGAUGACCUUUGGUUGGGUGUUCUUCAGCUUCUAUCCCAUCACGGCAUUCCCGGUCGUGGAAGCGCCCAAAUGGAGGAAAGGAUAUACUGUUAAUACAGUCUUCGUGAUCUGCUGGUGGGCCCUCUUCAUGCUCGGUCAGUUUCUAUGGAGGCGGGACGUCAAGUCCGGGAAGUACUCCAGUGGCGAGUAUGCCAUUAAAGACGAAAGUAAGGAUGGCAAGGAUGAAAAAGCCGGUGACCUGGAGCAUGUGGAGUUUUCGGAGAAAGAUGCGAAGACUUGA